ACGUAAACAGUGACCACAGUUCCUGGUUUUUUACCUUCUUUAGCAUUCAGUCGGAGGGAGGUGUUUUCUCCGGUAACCCGGCCAGUAGCUGCAGGUGUGUGCUGCCCUGAGUUGGGAGAGGAGUUUUCGUGCCAACGGUUUACCCCCAAGAAGCCACUGGCCUGUGCCUGUCAUCAGUUUCCGGCGUGUGUUUGUGGCUCUGGUAACACAGAACAGGAAGACAGGCGCAGAGAGACGUCUGAGCAGAGAGAGGAAACUGCUGCGGCUUCUUCGUUGGCCUCAGAAUGACUGAGUUCUGGGUUUGUUUCAGUUGCUGCAUUGCAGAGCAGCCACAGCCUAAACGGCGGCGACGGAUCGAUCGCUCCAUGAUUGGGGAACCAACAAACUUUGUUCAUACCACACAUGUAGGCUCAGGGGACAUGGGCCUGGGAUUGGCAUCAGUGGACUUAGUUCAGGCCCAGAUGAAAUCAAAAGGAGGAUACGCGCAUACAAGUUCUGAAGGUUCUCAGUUAUAACGAGCUCUUCAGUCUUGUGGAAACUACUGUUGUUGCUAUGAGGAAGAAUUUUCAAUAAGCAGUUCUGUCCAUAAAGGACACAGGACCAAAAGAUGAAACUACUGCUUUAAACAUAAUGAUAAACAUGUGUAUAUAUUUUAUUUUUCCAUUCCUUUUUUUUUUUUUUUUUUU